AUGUCCAAAAAAGGACGCAGCAAGGCUGAAAAGCCUGAAGUUCUGAUUAUGUCCUUACAAGCAGCCAAUGAAGAUCUCAGGACUAAGCUGACGGAUAUUCAAAUUGAGCUUCAUCAAGAGAAGUCUAAAGUGAACAAACUUGAAAGGGAAAAAAUCCAAGAAACAAAGCGGAUCCGGGAAUUAGAACAGCGCAAACAGACAGUGCAGAUCACUGAACUCAAAGCUAAACUCCACGAGGAGAAGAUGAAGGAGCUACAAGCUGUCCGGGAAAACCUUAUCAAACAGCAUGAGCAAGAAAUGGCACGGACAAUGAAAAUCAGAGACAGUGAAAUCCAGAGACUCAAGUCAGCACUGUAUGCAUUGCGGGAAGGGAGUAGUGAUAAAGUACGGACAGCCCUGAGCAUUGAGGCUCGUGAAGAGGCCAGGAAACAAUUUGACUCUGAGCGCCUUAAACUUUUGCAAGAAAUUACUGAACUGAAGUCUGCCAAGAAGCAGGUGGACGAAGCCCUAAAUAACAUGAUCCAAGCUGAUAAGAUUAAAGCUGGAGAUCUCCGGAGUGAGCAUCAGUCCCAUCAGGAGGCAAUCUCUAAGAUCAAGUGGGAGAGUGAGAGGGACAUUCGCAGGCUGAUGGAUGAGAUCAAAGCAAAAGACAGAACUAUCUUUUCUUUGGAGAAAGAGCUGGAGACCCUGACAGGAUAUGUCCAGAAGCUUCAGCUACAGAAAGAAGCAUUGGAUGAACAACUGUUUUUGGUUAAGGAGGCUGAAUGCAACAUGAGCAGUCCCAAAAGAGAGAUCCCUGGCAGAGCAGGAGAUGGUUCAGAACACUGCAGCAGUCCUGAUCUACGUAGAAAUCAGAAGAGAAUGGCAGAACUCAAUGCUACUAUUCGGAAGCUUGAGGAUAGGAACACUCUACUUGUGGAUGAACGUAAUGAAUUGUUGAAACGUGUUCGAGAAGCUGAAAAACAAUGCAAACCUCUUCUGGAAAGAAAUAAGUGCCUCUCUAAAAGAAAUGAUGAACUCAUGCAGUCGUUGCAGCGCAUGGAGGAGAAACUUAAAGCAAUCACUAAGGAAAAUUUAGAGAUGAAAGAAAAGAUGGUAUCACAUCCUCCUCUGAAGAAAUUAAAAUCGCUCAAUGAUCUUGAUCAAGCAAAUGAAGAACAAGAAACCGAAUUUUUGAAGCUCCAAGUUAUAGAACAACAAAACAUAAUUGAUGAGCUGACAAGAGAUAGAGAGAAACUUAUUCGUCGGAGGAAGCAUAAAAGAAGUUCAAAACCAAUUAAGAGGCAUGUUCUGGACACAGUUUAUGGGGGUGAUGAUGACUCUAUGGACUCUGAGACAUCAUCCAUGGCUUCAUUCAGGACAGACAGAACACCAGCAACACCAGAUGAAGAUCUAGAUGAAAGUUUAGCAGCUGAAGAAUCAGAGUUGCGAUUUAGACAAUUAACAAAAGAAUAUCAGGCCCUGCAGAGAGCCUAUGCGUUACUGCAAGAGCAAACUGGGGGUAUAAUAGAUGCAGAAAGGGAAGCCAAGGCACAGGAGCAACUCCAAGCUGAAGUCCAGAGAUAUAGAGCAAAAAUAGAAGAUCUUGAAAAAACACUGGCCCAGAAAGGACAGGACUCACACUGGGUAGAAGAUAAACAACUUUUUAUUAAGAGGAAUCAAGAGCUUUUGGAUAAGAUAGAAAAAUUGGAAGUAGAGAACAAUCGACUGCAACAGGAGCUGCAGGAUGCCAGAGAUCAGAAUGAACUCUUGGAAUUUCGAAAUCUAGAACUUGAAGAAAGAGAAAGAAGAUCUCCACCUUUUAAUCUACAAAUCCAUCCAUUCUCUGAUGGUGUAAGCGCUCUACAAAUCUAUUGUAUGAAAGAAGGUGUCAAGGAUGUUAGCAUUCCAGACCUUAUAAAGCAGUUAGAUAUCUUGGGUGACAAUGGGAAUUUGAGAAAUGAAGAGCAAGUGGCUAUAAUUCAAGCCAGUACUGUAUUAUCUCUGGCAGAAAAGUGGAUACAGCAGAUUGAGGGGGCUGAAGCAGCUCUGCACCAGAAGAUGAUGGAAUUGGAAAGUGACAUGGAGCAGUUCUGUAAAAUAAAAGGUUAUCUGGAAGAAGAACUGGACUACAGGAAACAAGCUCUUGAUCAAGCCUAUAUGAGAAUCCAGGAGCUUGAGGCUACCCUUUACAAUGCUUUGCAACAAGAAACAGUGAUAAAGUUUGGAGAACUGCUGAGUGAAAAGCAGCAGGAAGAACUGCGAACUGCCGUAGAAAAACUGAGAAGACAAAUGUUGAGAAAAAGCAGAGAAUAUGACUGCCAAAUCCUCCAAGAGAGAAUGGAAUUGCUUCAACAGGCACAUCAGAGGAUCCGAGAUUUAGAAGAUAAAACAGACAUCCAGAAGAGGCAGAUAAAGGAUCUGGAAGAAAAGUUUCUGUUUCUGUUCUUGUUCUUCUCUCUUGCCUUUAUUCUUUGGCCUUGA